AAGGCUGAGAAGUCCAGGGUCGUCUUUGCGCUCUACAUAAUUAGCAAAGCCGGCGGGCUCAUCUACAAUCGGGAGUUCCACACAGGCUUGAAGAAGCUCAGCAGCAACGAUCUGUUGAUGCUCGCUGGAUCAUUUCACGGCAUGCAUGCCAUCACAAAGCAACUCUGUCCUGCGGUCCCAACCCCCGCGAACCCAGCGAGCAACCCUGCUGCUCUCGCGCCUUCUCCCUUUGCCUCGCGACCGACAGGCCUAGAAGUCUUAGAAACGAGCCAUUUCCGUAUGCAGUGCUUCCAGACCCAGACAGGCACCAAGUUCCUUCUCUUCUCGGAACCGACACAACCGAAUAUCGAUACAAUGAUGCGGAAAAUCUACGAGCUAUAUUCCGACUAUGUCAUGAAGAACCCAUUUUAUACCGUAGAGAUGCCCAUCCGCUGCGAGAAAUUUGACAGGGGCUUGGACGGAUUUGUAAAAGUGAGGAGCUGA